GAUCUGCCUUCAUAAUUACAUGGUUUAUUAGUAAGUGAAGGUGCCAGUUUUUGGCGUGUUUGGUUCAAGAGGCAUCAAGGACAGGAUCGCUAAGUGAUUCAGGCAGGGGUGCCGUAUAGGUCUGCUUAAAGAAGCCGCAGUGACCUCACCAUAUCAAAAUGAGCCAUUUCUUGUGCAUCCCUACCAAAGUAAGGAGACGGACGUUUAAGUUCCAGGCUUCACGGAAGCACGUCCGCCCUUUUCUCCUGCAAAUCAUGGACGAUUUAGUGGAUGAUGAGUUGAAGCGGUUCAAGUUCCACCUGAACACACAAGUGCUGCAGGAAUUCCAGCCCAUUCCAGUCAGUCAGUUAGAGCGUGCCGACCGGAUGGAUACAGUUAAAAAAAUGAAAGACUAUUAUAAUACUGAAGGAGCACUUCGGGUAACUCAUGCUGUAUUGAAGAAAAUGGAAAUGAAUGAUCUGGCUAAAAAAGUACAGAAAGUCAUGAAUAUGGCACACUCUCCACCCAGUAAACUUAACAUCAACUCUCUGGGUACAAACACUGUCAACCUCACCUGGGACAAGCCAAAAGGGAUGGAUGGCAUUUCACACAGUUACAAUGUGACGUGGACGGACAGCAGCUCGGGCCAGAGCCGUUCCAUCAUCACUGAUGAGAACGAAGUUGUCCUGUCCGGCCUGAGCCCAGGAGCGGAGUGCAGCCUCUCUGUUUGCACUAUGCUGAAAGACACCGAUCUCAAGAGUGAACCUGUCACCGUCCAAACCUGCACAAGGCAUGAGCUGAGAAUUGUGCUGUUAGGAAGAACUGGAGUGGGGAAGAGUGCAACUGGAAACACCAUCCUGGGCAGGAAAGAGUUUAAGUCAGAAGUCAGCAACUACUCUGUAACAAUGAGCUGUGCUAAAGCCAGAGGCAAAGCCUGUGGGAGAAAGAUGUCAGUGGUGGACACUCCAGGCCUGUUUAACACGAAGCUGAGCAAGGAUGAUCUCAUAAAGAAGAUCAAAGAGUGUAUUUCCCUGUGUGCUCCUGGGCCUCAUGCAUUCCUGGUGCUGCUGCAGGUGGGCAGAUUCACACAAGAAGAGCAGGAAACACUGAACAUCAUCCAGGAGGUUUUUGGCCCAGAAUCAGCUCAAUACACCAUGGUGCUGUUCACACAUGGGGACGUUCUGGGUGACGCUGCUGACCGAUUUCUUAGCGGUGAUAAAAAGCUUAAUGAAUUCAUUAAAAAAUGCCAGGGUGGAUACUUUGUCUUCAACAAUAAAGAUGUAUGGAAUGCCAAUCAGGUCACAGAUUUGCUGGACAAGAUAGAGGAGAUGAUAAAAAAGAAUGGAGGAGGCCAUUACACCAACGAGAUGUUCAUGAAGGCCAGAAAGGGCAGCAAGAAGAAAAACAAUGAGGUUCUGCAAGAAAAAGAGGAGGUGAAGAAAGAAAAGCAAAAAACGCUGGAAAAAACUUCAACAGACCUGGAUGAAAAAAUGAAAAAAAGGACUGUCUGUGAAGAGAUUGAUACAUUUAUUGUGUACAAGCCUUUAGGGGUGGGAUACUGGCUGGCCCCGCUGUACGACCUCGCUGUACGAGCCCGCUGUACGACCUCGCUGUACGACCCUGCUGUACGAGCCCGCUCUACGACCUCGCUGUACGACCUCGCUGUACGAGCCCACUGUACGACCUCGCUGUACGAGCCCGCUGUACGACCUCGCUGUAUGAGCCCACUGUACGAGCCCGCUGUACGAGCCCACUUUACGAGCCCACUGUACGAUCUCACUGUACGAGCCCGCUGUACGACCUCACUGUACGACCCCGCUGUACAAGCCCGCUGUACGACCUCACUGUACGACCCCACUGUACGAGGCUGCUGUACGACCUCACUGUACGACCCCACUGUACGAGGCCGCUGUACGACCUCACUGUACGAGCCCACUUUACGAUCUCACUCUACAACCCCACUUUACGAGCCUGCUGUACAACCCCACUGGCUGACCCCGCUGAUUGACCCCACUACUCACAGCAUCAUGCCACAAAAAACCUCCAUGGGGUGCUUCCCUAGGCAUGCGAAGCGGACAGGCUUUAAGGCUUCACAGAAGCAUGUCCGCCCUUUUCUCCUGCAAAUCAUGGAUGAUUUAGUGGAUGAUGAGCUGAAGCGGUUUAAGUUCCACCUGAACACCCAAGUAAUGGAUGGAUUUCAGCCCGUUCCAGUCAGUCAGCUAGAACGUGCCGACCGGAUAGAUACAAUUAAGAAAAUGAAAAACCACUACAAUACUGAGGGUGCACUUCAGAUCACUCACGCCAUAUUGAAGAAGAUGGAAAUGAAUGAUCUGGCUAAAAAACUACAGAAUAUAAUGAAUAUGGUGCGCUCUCCGCCCAGCAGUCUCAGCAUCAGCUCACUGGGUACAAACUCUGUCACCCUCGACUGGGAGAAGCCGAAAGGGAUGGAGGACAUUUCACACAGUUACAGUGUGACGUGGAUGGACAGCAGCUCGAGCCAGAGCCAUUCCAUCAUCACAGAUGAGAACGAGGUUGUCUUGUCCAGCCUGAAACCAGGAACGGAGUACAGCCUCUCUGUGUGCACUAUGCUGAAAGACACCGAUCUCAAGAGUGAACCUGUCACCAUCAAAACCUGCACAAGGCAUGAGCUGAGAAUUGUGCUGUUAGGAAGAACUGGAGUGGGGAAGAGUGCAACUGGAAACACCAUCCUGGGCAGGAAAGAGUUUAAGUCAGAAGUCAGCAACUACUCUGUAACAAUGAGCUGUGCUAAAGCCAGAGGCAAAGCCUGUGGGAGAAAGGUGUCAGUGGUGGACACUCCAGGCCUGUUUAACACGAAGCUGAGCAAGGAUGAUCUCAUAAAGAAGAUCACAGAGUGUGUUUCCCUGUGUGCUCCUGGGCCUCAUGCAUUCCUGGUGCUGCUGCAGGUGGGCAGAUUCACACAAGAAGAAAAGGAAACACUGAACAUCAUCCAGGAGGUUUUUGGCCCAGAAUCAGCUCAAUACACCUUGGUGCUGUUCACACAUGGGGACGUUCUGGGUGAAGCUGCUGACCGAUUUCUUAGCGGUGAUGCAAAGCUUAAAGAAUUCAUUGAGAAAUGCCAGGGUGGAUAUCAUGUCUUCAACAAUAAAGAUGUAUGGAAUGCCAAUCAGGUCAUAAAUCUGCUGGACAAGGUAGAGGAGCUGAUCGAAAAGAAUGGAGGAGGCCAUUACACCAACGAAAUGUUCAUAAAGGCCAAGAAGGGCUGCAAGAAGAAAAACAAUGAGGUUCUGCAAGACAAAGAGGAGGUGAAGAAAGAAAAGUACAAAACUCUGGAUAAAAUUUUAGCAGACUUGGAUGAAAAAAAGAAAAAAAGUAAUGAGUAACCCAGCAUAAGAACAGUAACGGUCAUAUUUAAUACAUAUUUAGCACAUAUGUGUAUUCAUAUAAUGUGAAUAGUAAAGAAGAAAAUGAUCAUAUUCUCCUAAUACUGUCUCAACAAGAUAAUCACAACAUAUUUUACUGCAGGAUAUGCUUGUGUCCACCCUGACAUCAUCGAAAGCACAGAAUCCUGAUCAAUAUUUCUAAUUAAUAUUUUUCUGAUUUUAUAAAGAACAUACUGCUAAAUGUAUCUGAAUUUUCAAAUUGUUAUUCAACUUAAAUGCUUUGUAAACAUUUUGAAUAAUUUGUAGGUUAUAGUUUUUUCUAUAGUUGUUUUCUCUCUGUCAUUUGUUGAACAUGCAACUGUCUGGUUACCAACUUACUUUUCUUUGUUCAUAUAUUUACCAAAAUGGCAUCUGCUAGCUAAAUAAGUGUAAGUAUUCCAUGUUUUAUUUUCAGUGUCAAUGUUUUUUUUACCUUUAACUUAUGCUAGACAAUGCCAAUCAACAUAACCACAAUGAUAAUAAUAGUAUUACUCUCAAUAACCGAGUUCUUGAUAAACAAUUGGAAGAUGCUUGAAUAUUCCUAGUAGGGUUACUUUUUGU